AUAUAUAUAGGCCUAAUGAUGGACGGUCAUAAGUACAUCAACAGUGUUUGAUCAGCCAUCAAGUUUUACUCGGAAAAAUAAUAUGUCUGCGAUUGGAGUAUGUCUGCUGGUUUGCUUGUUUUUGCCCUGUGGAAGAGUUCCGGUUAAAACCCAUGAAAAAUACUUGAAGACCGUCACCGUGAAAGGUGCAACUAUGAGCUAUGUUGAUACAGGCGGUCGUUUCGAACACACCGUUGUGUUUUUACAUGGAAAUCCGACAUCAUCGUAUCUUUGGAGAAACAUCUACCCACAAAUUUCGUCGAUUGCUCGAUGCUUUGCACCCGAUUUAAUUGGAAUGGGACGAUCUGAUAAAGUGGAAAAUUUGAUGUAUACAUUUGCUGAUCAUUAUCAGUAUUUGUCCGAAUGGAUGGAUAAAGUAGUUAAAACAGAGAAAGUUAUUCUUGUGCUACAUGACUGGGGUUCUAUACUUGGAUUUCAUUGGGCAAAUAUGAAUCGUGCAAGAGUUCAGUCUAUUGUUCACAUGGAGAGUGUCGUCACACCGCUUUCCACACAACCUGAAACCGAGUUUUUCCGUCAAUUGAGAUCCGAAGCGGGAGAACAGAUGAUGUUGGUGAACAACCUUUUCAUCGAGAAUAUUAUGCCCGCAAACAUCAUCCGAAACCUGACUGAAGAAGAGAUGAAUGAAUACCGCAGACCUUUCGUCAAUCCCGGAGAAGAUAGAAGGCCUACUUUGACUUUUCCGAGACAAGUACCAAUCCUAGGUGAGGGUCCCGAUGACGUGAUGAUGGCGGUGAAUGCAUACGCCAAAUGGUUGUCAACAACUUCUCAUAUACCUAAGAUGCUGAUUCUAGCCAAACCUGGGGGAUUGUCCAACAUUACCAAAGAAGUUGCAAAAGAUUGGCCCAACCAACAGAUGAUAACGGUGAAGGGAAUUCAUUUCAUUCAAGAAGAUUCUCCGAAAGAAAUAACAGACGCCAUUUACUGCUUCCUGAAUCUGAAGGUUUUAGGGAAGAAAGCAUUAAUAUCCUAAAUUAUUUCAAACGUGUGAAACAAAAUCAAUAUUCUUGUCACUAACCUACUUUUUUGAAUUUUGCUGAAAAUAAAAAAAACAGGUUCCGUUUAGAGCAUUUUCGAAAAGUAUUUUAGGUCAUUCUCAAUCUUUGGGAAUUUGGCCGAGACCUAACUAAGUCAACUUUUCUUUAUGAAAACACAUAGAUAGGCCUACUUUACAGUUGCAGCUUUACACAUGCUUUUACGAACAAUAAUGUUCAUACAGUAUCAGAAAUACUGUAGAGCUCGAAAAAAUAUUUUUUCUGUAUUCAAUUUUUCCAUGUACUUUUCUGCUGCAAUUUCUACAAGGAAAGUAAAAUUGUUCUAUUUUUGUUCUACCAACUUGUUGUAUUGUGUAAAAUUCAUCAUGCUAAAUGAAAUGGCCUCUCACAUUCAAAGACACUUGCUCCGAAAAGGGGCGUAUCCUCUUGGCUGCAAAUUACAUCCUCAAGUCUUUUUUUUUUUUUUCAGUAUAUAGUGUAUAUGCUAGAUGGUGGAAAAUAUUCGAUGGAAUUAAAUAAACUACCCUUUGGUGAAUAAA